AUGGCGGCCGUCGAUAAGUACUCUUCUCCGGGCUUCACCUCGCUGGUGGUGGAUGCCAUGCGCAAGCAUUACCCCGAGGAGCUCGCCGAUAGAAGAUGGGACAAUGUCGGCCUUCUCCUCGGCAACAUCGAGGUCCUCGAGACACGCGUGGCCAAGAACCCAGUCGUCCUCCUCACCAACGACCUCACCUACGCCGUCGCUGAGGAAGCCAUCCGAAAGAACGCCAGCGUCAUUGUGAGCUACCACCCCUUCAUCUUCUCCGGCCUGAAGUCCAUCACAACUAAGGACCCGCAACAAGCGACCCUCCUGCUCCUCGCCGCCAACGGCAUCGCAGUCUACUGUCCCCACACCGCCGUCGAUGCCGCGCCUAACGGCCUCAACGCCUGGCUCGGCGACAUCGUCUCCGGCGGCCCCGCUUCCUCGUCCACGGCCACUCCCACCACCCGCACCGUCGUCAAUCCGCUCUCGUCCCCGGCGCCCGCAGGUUUCGAGGGCUCGGGCUACGGCCUCCUCUGCACUUUCCACCAGCCGGAAUCCCUCGCCGACAUCAUCCGCCGUGUUGCCUCGCGCGUCGGCAUGCGCCGCGUCAUGGUCGCCUCUCCGGACCCGGCUCGCCUCUCGACGGUGCGCGUCGGCGCCGUGGCCGUGUGCGCGGGUAGCGGGUGGGACGUCGUCAAGAACGCCGCGGCCGAGGUGAUUGUGACGGGCGAGAUGACCCACCACAACGCACUCAAAGCCGUGCAGGAAGGCAAGACGGUCAUCACGGUGUUCCACAGCAACUCGGAAAGAGGGUACUUGACGGAGGUGAUGAAGCCGCUGUUGGAAGGAGAGCUGAAGGGCAAGGAGGCCGGUGUUCAAGUCCUCGUCAGUGAGGCCGAUCGAGAUCCCUUCAACAUUGUGGACAUCUCUGAGUUGUAA